AUGGCCGACUCACACGAGGAGGCCCCGCCCGUCCAGCAGGACCCAAUCAGUCCGAGCACCUUUGUGGAACACAUCCGCGAGCUUGGCCAGAAGCGCGACAAGGAGGACGCAGAGCGCUAUCGAUUGUUGGAGGAGCAGAUUCUGCAAGGCCGCGCCGAGCGCGCUGCGCGGAGAGCUGAGCGCCAUCGGUCCUUGUCGCCCGCAAAGAGCUCGGUCGCCGGCUCGCCCGCGCCCAUUGACACGCCCACCGCUUCGCACGAAAAGCCUCUCGCGUCGCCCAUCACCAUGGACGCCUCGCACCAGGACGCGCUGAGCCGCCUAACCGGCUCCUCGUCGCCCGCCGACCCUCCGACGCCCUCCCGCUCAGGCACCCUCUCGUGGCAGCAGCGCCGCCCAACCUCGUCUAGCGGCCGCCGGCCUCUCAGCGCCUACGCCGCCGAAAACAUUGUCGCACGCUCCCCGCGCCGAGGCGCAACCCCCGAUCCUCCUCAAGACGAGAACGACAACCCCUCGAGAUCCCACUUUGCCCAAUCCCUCGCCUCCAAAGACCCCGCCUGGUUCAGGCAGACUGCCGAUCGCGGCAUUGGCUCGCCCGCCAACAGACGGAGCCACGAAGACGCUUCUUCCGAAGUAGACUCGGCCGUUGGCAGGAGACAGCUGCCGGGCAUGCGCGAUUCCACUGCCACCACCGAGGGCGCGUCCAGCCCGCCCACCGAGAGCGUCCGCUCCGAUUCGCCGUCAAGAGGCAGCUCCGUCCGCAACAGUGCCCGAUUGAGCACGCGUCUCUCCCGAGACACGUCCGUCUCUGGCUUCAGCAACCCAGACGCCGCCAAAACCCUGCUCCCGACUCUCGAGUCUCAAAAAUUCCGCCCGCCUGGCUCCGAGAUCAGCUCCUCUACAGACGACAAUGAGGGCACAGGCUCUCCUCGCCCAUUGGCCAUGUCUCCAGCACAGGGACGCGUUGCGGCAGACCGGUCACCGUCGCCGACAAAGGGGAUGGGUGGAUUUGUGCAAAGCGCCAUGAUGAAGCGUUCGGAUAGCGUCAACAAGAGGUGGAGCACUCACGGCGCCCCCAUCCUUACCAGGAAUACCUCUACAGCCAGCAGUACUAGUGGACUCGGAAUCAUGGGUUCGAGCAGCUUGCCGAAGUUGGAGGCGAUACCCAGCGGCCAUGGCGAAUACCCUUCGCGGCCUAGCUCAAGCAACAGCAACCGCACCGUGAUACAAAAUGUUGUCGAGAAGCAUGACCCUCCCGCCAGCGAAGGCUUCCCUAGGCCCACGCUCUCUAUGCGUCGUCACAGCAGGGGAAAAUCGUUGAGCUCAUUUGCAUACCCUGGAAUGGACGACACGAAUUCGCCUGACGCGUCGAGUCCCACCAAGCGUUGGAGUCGCAGCCCAACCAAGUCAAGUUGGCUGGAGAGCGCUCUUUUGGCGAAGCCCGAGUCGCCGAAGCCCAGACCGCCGCCACAGCAGCCCAGCUGGAUGGCGGAGAUCAGCAAAGUGAAGGCGCAAAGACAAAGCGUCGAUCUGUCCAAAAUACCAGACCUCCCGAAGCCAUCCUCUCCAGCGGCACCUAUCAGCCCAGCUGCUCGGUUCCGCGGGAAGUCGAUAUCACGGGGAUCUGCAGGCAGCCCUGUAGCGCAAUCGCCUGAUGCGGAUCCAAGUCCGACCGAGAAAAUUACCGAGCCGGAGCAACCUCAAGCUCCUGAAGCGGGAGAGACUACCGCAACGUCACCCAACACCAAGACUGCACGCCUGCCAUCUCCUACGGCGGCGACCAUGGAGGACCCUGUUCCAAGCCCUACUCUGAACAGCCCGGCGGACACGUCCGAGAAGCCGGCCGUUGCCCUCAAGUCGCCCGGCCUAAGGCAGACAGGCGGGCCGAAGAGCCCUACCGUGUCGGCUAAGCCCGAGACGGCUCCCAAACUCGACUUUAGAUCGCAACUCAGGUCUCGCCAAUCUCCCUCUCCUGCUGCUGAGCCGCCCAAGAAAGAUGCCCCGGUGGAGGACUUCCGAACUCAUCUCAAGACCCGCCAGGCCCGUGCUCCCACCACGUCCACCGCCCCCGCUGACUCUCCCAAGACCAGCUCCCCUGCGGACCAGAGCUUGGAGUUUCAGAAUGUCUUUGGAAAGCUGAAGAGAACGCAAACCGACAAGUUUGUCGCCCCUGACACGCUAAAGGACAACAUCCUGCGUGGCAAGGGAGGCCUGACCAAGACAGAUGGCCCGCAGAAGAGCGAGCGACGUGAUGAACUGCGCGACAGCCUGGUCAAGCAGAGGCAAUCCAUUCAGAUGAAGGCCCAAGAGACGGGUGUUCACAGCAGGACCGGCUCUCGCGCUUCUCCCGAAGAUGCCGCUCCAGAGGCACUAUCAAAACGUCUCAAUCUGGGCCGGACGGGAAGUGUUUCUACCCCCCCAUCUUCAAGCCCAAGCAAUGAGUCACCAAUUCCUGAAGCUCUCGCAUUAAGCAAGAGCCUAAGGGAGAGGAAGCAAUCAGUAGCCAACGCCAAGCUGUCUCCCAGCGAAGAGAAGCCGGCGGAGACUGCAAGUGAAGAGGUCGAAAAGAAGGAAGAGGACCCAAAGGAAGAGGACCCAAAAGAGGAGCACCCAAAUGAGGAGCACCCAAAAGUGAUCACCCCGGUGGAGUCGCCUAAAGAGGCGACCCCAAAACAAGAAGAGCCGCAGGUGGAGGCUCUGAAAAAUGAAGAUGUGAAGGAGGAGGUCCCAAAGGAGGAGACCUCAGACGAAUUGCCUAAAGAGGAGGCGCCUAAGGAGGAAGAAUUGCCCAAGGAAGAAGCCAAAAUAGAGGAAGCCUCAAAGGCCGAGCCACCGAAAGUGCAAGCGAGGGUCGCUGGCCUUUCCGAAAAGCUUGCCAAUCGGUUUCCUCCCGCUGCCAAGCCGUCGGAACUGAAGCAUGGCGCGAAGCCUUCUUGGAGCAAGGAGUCCGGUACGCCGGUAGAGGAGCCGAAAAGGGCCCCUGGCAAGCUUGCCGACCGAUUUCCUGCGUUGAAGUCACCCACUCCGCCAAUCGAGGAGCCGAAGAAAUCCCCUGUUACUACGGGCAAGCUCGCUGAUCGGUUCCCUGCUUUGAAGUCGCCCACUCCGCCCGCUGAGGACGUGAAGAGGACACCUAGCCCUUCGAACAAGCUUGCUGAUCGGUUUCCUGCAUUGAAGUCGCCCACGCCGCCCGCAGAGGAGCAGAACAGGGCACCUAGCCCUUCGAACAAACUCGCUGACCGGUUUCCUGCACUGAAGUCACCCACGCCGCCCGCAGAGGAACAGAACAGGGCCCCUAGCCCUUCUAACAAGUUUGCCGAUCGGUUUCCUGCACGUAAGGAACCCGCUGCGCCAGCAGAGGAGCCGAAAAGGGUCCCUAGCCCUCCAAACAAGCUCGCCGAUCGGUUCCCUGGAUUGAAGUCGACUGAGACGAAGCAUCAGCCAAAGUCAUCACUGAGUGAGAAGGAACCAGAGGCGCCUGUCGGAAAAUUGGCCAACAGAGGCUCUGGACCUGGCAAGCUCGCUGACCGAUUCAACCCCGCUUUGGCUGGAAUUCUGGCCCGUGGACCACCUAUGGCAAACGGCGCUCCUGGCUCUCGCGAAUCUGGUGGUUCUGGCGCGUCUGGUCCUACGGCUUCUCCUGAGGAGCCCAAGGGUCCGGCCAAGGAGCUUACUCACAUUACCAAGGGCCGUGCCCGUGGACCCAAGAGACGGGCUCCCAAGGGCAAGACUGACUCUGGUAUUGCGACACCCGAGGAGGCCCCUGCCAAGACUGAGUCCACGCAUGUCAGGAAAGCCUCGGUCCCUGUGCCGACGGUGCCCCUUGUCAAGCCGAAGGAUGUUCUUCCUAGCUCCCGCCCGACUUCUUUGAGCAAGCCGAACGAUGAUCUUCCUGGAUCCCGCCCAACGUCUUUGAGCAAGCCAAAGGAUGAUCUUCCUGGCUCGCGCCCGACCUCUUUGAGCAGCAAGCCGAAAGUUGAUAUUCCUAGCUCCCGUCCGACUUCCUUGAACAAGCCUGCUGCUGCUCCAGAGCCCGCUGCCACGGAGCCCGCUGCCCCGGAGCCCGCUGCCACGGAGCCCGCUGCCAAGGAGCCCGCCGCGGACUCGCCUAAGCUUGAGCAGAAGCAGAAGCCUGUUGUGGCAGCCAAGUCGGCAGAGGUUACGCGAAGAGUUUCUGCAAAGCUUGAUUCGCCGGCUACGCCUACUGAGCCGCCGGUUCCGACGAAGUCGCCUGAGCUUACGAGAAGGAUCUCGGAGAAGUUCGAGUCUCGAACUGCUUCUCCCUCUAGUGUGCCAACCGAGUCGCCGCAGGUUUCUAAGAGGACAUCGGCAACUUCCAUGAGGGCUUCAGUCAGCUCUAAGAGAGCCUCGGAAAUCUCUAAGAGGGAUUCAACUGACAGCUCCAAGAGAACCUCAGGUAUCUCUAAGAGUGGUUCAGACAGCUCCAAGAGGGCUUCGGACAGAUUGAGCACGCCCACAACCCCGACCGAACCCCCGGUUCCAGCGAAAUCGCCCGAUCUUAUCAGGAGAAUCUCAGGAAAGCUUGAUUCUACUCCUGCUGAGCCUAGCCCUCCAGUCAAAUCCCCAGAGCUUGCAAAGAGGUUUUCUGGAGAGAAGAAGGAGGUUGAGCAAAAGAAGGAGAUUGAGGAGAAGAAGGAGGAGCAGAAGAAGGAUGCCGAACAAACUCCCUCUGCUGCUCCGAAGCCGCUUUUUGCUGAGCGCAUGCGUCAAUUCCAGCAGAAUCAGCAACAAUCAAGCCCCAAGACGCCCAUUGAAUCACCGAAGCCCUUGAAGCCUAUGCCUAAGCCGUCAGCAAUUGUAGAGGAGAAGGAUUUGCCAGCCAAGCCGAAUGAUGGACUUCCGUCUGUCAAGAACGCCGCUGCCGGUUGGGGCCGACAGAGUACUGAGUCUACUGCUUCCAAGACGAAAUCUCCUAUCAAGUUGCCUACCAGGAAGGAUGAGCAGGAAGCUAUGGAAAAUGCCGGCCUUGUGCGCUCGGAGCCCCCCAAAGGUCCUGUUGGCUUGGGUAUUGGCCUUGAGGAUGCCAGCAACCGUUUGCAGAGCAAGAUCGAGGAAAAGCAGGAACCGUCUGUCCCAGAAAUUGCCGAGCCUACCCCGCCAACGAAGUCUCGCCCGGUUUCCAAGCCACUUCCUUCUCCUCCACUCAGCGCUGGCCUCCCGCCAAAGCCGCCGAAGAAGCCUGAUUCCAUGUCACCCCCGCUGCCGCAGAUUAAGCAGGAGUCGCCGAUUCCUCACACAUCCGAGGCUGGCCGCAUGUUUGGAGACUUCUUUGACGAGUUGCCCGUCACGACUAGCCAGCUGGACAUUGAUACCAACGCUGUACUGACUGCUCAGCCGCUGAGCCACGAGAAGAUCAAGACUGUGCGCAAGCAAGUGGAAGAAAUUACUGGAGAUGGAAAACUCUCGCCUGUCCCAAGCCAAGAGGAGCAUAUCCUGUACGACAACUCAAUGUACCUCUGCACUCACGUCUUUGGAAGUUCCAACGGCGCCAAGACUACCGAGGUCUAUCUAUGGGCUGGAUCGGCAGUGCCUGAGCCUAUGGUCGAUGACGCUCAGCUUUUUGCUCGCAAGGCAGCUCGCGACGCAGGUGGCAAGCUCAUCAUCAUCAGACAAGGCAAGGAGACUCCCAAUUUCUUCCAAGGCAUCGGUGGCAUUCUCAUCACCAGGAAGGGCACGCGGCAAGAGCAUUCCAACGAGUACAUGCUUUGCGGUCGGCAGCACCUUGGAAACAUUGCCUUUGACGAGGUGGAGCUGGUCCUGAGCAACCUUUGCUCGGGCUUCCCCUUCCUUGUGUCCUCUCGCACUGGCCUUCUGUCUGGCAAGAUCUUCCUCUGGAAGGGCCUCGGCUGCAACGCGGAAGAGCUCGGCUGCGCUCGCUUGAUCGGCAUGGACCUGGGCCUAACGCCAGAGAUCGAAGAGGUCGACGAGGGCAAGGAGCCCAGCGCCUUCUUGGACAUAUUCCCGGCGCCCGAAAACGGAAUCAAGCGGAUCCCGCGCAGCGCCGACCACUGGCGGCUCAAGGCCAAGUACGAAAAAUACGGAGCGCGUCUGUUCCGCAUCGACGAGAAACCGGCGGCUACGAUGAGCAGCAGCUUCAUGCAGGUGAGCUCCUUCUGGCCCGCCCUCGUGCGGCGCGUCUCCUCGAGUAGCCUUCCACCUCCAGAAUCGCCAACACGGAAUUCUUUCCCGCAGAGCCACAACAACGCCCUCGCCGUGCCCGACAGCCCCGAAAGAGGAGACAAGCCCAAGAUGAAGGCCGAUGUGACGGAGAUAGCGCCGUUUGCCCAGGUGGACCUCGAGGCCGAAUCAAUCUACGUCCUGGACGCCUUCUUCGAGGUCUAUGUGAUUGUCGGCGCGCUUUCGCGUUCCCAGGCUCACGCCUUCAGCACGGCGCUGCUGUUCGCACAGGAGUACGGUAUCCUGGCUGCAUCACUCGAGGACCGGCCCUUCGUGCCCGUCAGCACGGUCGUGCUCGAGGGUGUCCCGCGCGACAUGAAGGCCGUCUUCCGCCGAUGGGAGGACGGGCUUCAGCCCACGGCUGCGCUGAUGGCGGGCAAGCCGCGCAACGGCAAGAGCUUGCGCAUUGUCGGCCUGCAGGCAGCCAUUGCCGCGACUCGGGCAUGA